GUAUGUAUUUCGUUGCCAUAGUAACAAUCAUUCUGAAAUGUACACAUCAGUGUCCUGGUUGUGGCUGACAGAAAUCGAAAUAGAUUCUUCUUUAUAAUCAUGUUUUCUGCUAAUAUUGUAAUAAACGAUGGCGAUUUUACCAAAACAAUUUAUACCAUGAUUAAGGAAGGGCAACAUGCAGAAGCCAUCAAAAUUCUACAUGGCAUUCCGGAAUCGAAUACUUGUCAAGCUGGAUUAUCCCUGCUGGCAUAUUGCUAUUUUCAUGUUCAGGAUUUUAGCAAUGCCGCAACUUACUACGAACAGUUGACACAGCUUUUUAUGGAUAAUAAUGAUUAUAAGAUUUAUUACGCGCAAUCUUUGUAUCAAGCUUGUUUGUAUGAUGAAGCUUAUAAAGUUUCAGAAACUAUCAUUGAUGAAGAAUAUGCUCCAAGGGUGACAAAGUUACAAGCUGCCAUUAAAUAUGGACAAGAAGAUUUGACAGUUGCAAAACAUUUGGUUGAUUCUUGUAGUACCGAAGAUCCUGAUACAGAAGUGAAUUUAGGGUGUUUGUUGUAUAAAGAUGGUCACUACGAGGAGGCUUUGAGCAAGUUUAUGACUUCAUUACAGAAUAUUGGUUUUAAACCGUUUUUGAGUUACAAUGUUGCCUUGUGCCAUUAUAGACUUAAAGAAUACGGUCCUGCACUUAGAAAUUGUGCUGAUAUCAUUGAGCGGGGAAUUAGGGAUCAUCCUGAAUUAAGUGUCGGAAUGCAAACUGAAGGUAUCGAGGUGCGAUCAGUUGGAAACACUCUUACCUUACAUGAAACAGCUCUGACUGAAGCAUUUAAUUUGAAGGCAGCUAUUGAAUAUCAAAUGAAGAAUUUGGAUGCUGCCAGAGAAGCUUUAACUGAUAUGCCACCUCGUGCUGAAUAUGAAUUGGACGCGGUGACUCUUCACAAUCAAGCUCUAAUGAAUAUCGAUCAGAACCCCGCUGAAGGUUUUGAAAAGUUACAGUUUUUAUUGCAGCAGAAUCCGUUUCCUCCGGAGACAUUCUCAAAUUUGUUGUUGCUGUAUUGUCAGCAUGAAUGUUAUGAUUUAGCUGCAGAUAUACUUGCUGAGAAUGCACACUUAACUUAUAAAUAUUUAACUCCAUACCUUUAUGAUUUUCUGGAUGCAAUCAUAACUCAACAAACAUCUCCUUCGGAAGCGUAUCAAAAGUUGGAUGAUCUAGCAAAUCGUCACACAGAAGUGCUAAGAAAACUUACCAAGCAGGUUCAAGAACACCGCAACAACAACGAUACCGAAAUGGUAAAGAAAACCGUCAUGGACUACGAAGAAUGUUUGGAUCGUUAUAUCCCAGUGCUGAUGGCCCAAGCAAAAAUAUACUGGGAGAUGGAAAACUAUCCACAAGUGGAGAAAAUUUUCCGCAAAAGCGUGGAAUUUUGCAAUGACAAUGACACGUGGAGACUUAACGUAGCACACGUGCUAUUCAUGCAGGAGAACAAGUUCAAAGAAGCUACCGGUUUCUACGAGCCAAUUGUAAAGAAACACUACAAUGAUAUUCUGAACGUCAGCGCAAUUGUAUUAGCAAAUUUAUGUGUCUCCUACAUAAUGACAUCACAAAAUGAAGAAGCUGAGGAAUUGAUGCGAAAAAUCGAAAAAGAAGAGGAUCAGUUGGCCUAUGAAGAGCCAGACAAGAAAUAUUUUCAUCUGUGCAUUGUUAAUUUGGUAAUUGGCACUUUGUAUUGUUCUAAAGGCAAUUAUGAAUUUGGAAUCUCGCGAAUUAUGAAGUCUUUGGAGCCGUAUAACAAGAAAUUGGGCACGGACACAUGGUUCUACACUAAACGUUGUUUUCUCAGCAUGAUUGAGAAUUUAUCAAAACAUAUGAUUGUUUUGCGGGAUGAAGUUAUUCAAGAGUGUAUUAGUUUCCUGGAGAGUUGCGAAAUGUAUGGAAAAGGAGUUAAAACAGUGGCUGUAUCACCGUUUACUGAAGAAGAUGACACACCGAACGGACAGCAAACGGUUACCUUCGAAGCGCGUGCAAUGAAAGCUCUUCUUCUUAAAUUGCAAACCUAUUAAACAAAUAGCACAAUUACAUGUGAGUUUCUUUUUAUAAGUUCUAUAUUAAUGUAACAAACGAAAACAACUACAAGUCUCAUGUUACAAUUUCAUAGUAACAUAACAUUCCAUAAAAAUGAGUAUUAUUAUUACAGGUAAUGAUGUAAACUGCAUGUACUACUUCAGUAAAUAGAGAAAAGGCUUGUUCGACUGUAGGUGAAGAAACGUAUUCGUUCAUAGUAUUGCACUGUGUCUAAUAUGAAAUAUUCAACUGUGGCACUCAGCAUGCAUUGUUCAAAAUUGAUAAAAAAUGUAUCACCGUUCUCUUCUUCUUUUUGUCCUAGAGUUAAGUAAGUGUAUCACUAUAAUUCAAUUUGUUCAAUAAAAAAAGCAAGUUUAAAACUA